CCCUCCUAUUAGAUUUCCCUUCCAGAUUCUCAUCUUCAUGAUUCCUACUUGGCUCCAUUUAAACCCACAAUUCAAUUCACAAUAUCUCCCACACACCCUCUUCUUCAUCAUAUCAUAUAACACAUUCCAUUACAUACCUGAAAUCUCCCAUCUCAAAAACCAUGGCUGCAACUUCUGGUGCUGUGCUUACUGGAUUGGGCUCACCCUUCCUCCGUGGAAGUAGCAGAACUCGGACCUUGCUGGCCGGAGCUAGAGGUAGUGUCAAUGUUGUCAGCUCUAGCAAGCUUGUCAUCGUCGCUGCUGCUCAGCCUAAGAAGUCUUGGCUCCCUGGUGUUAGAGGUGGUGGCAACUUGGUCGACCCAGAAUGGCUUGAUGGCUCACUUCCAGGUGACUACGGCUUCGACCCAUUGGGUUUGGGGAAGGACCCUGCAUUUUUGAAGUGGUAUAGAGAAGCAGAGCUGAUCCACGGGCGGUGGGCAAUGGCAGCAGUGGUCGGAAUCUUCGUCGGACAAGCCUGGAGUGGAAUCCCAUGGUUCGAAGCCGGAGCAGAUCCAGGCGCAAUUGCUCCAUUCUCCUUCGGAUCACUUCUAGGAACCCAGCUUCUGCUAAUGGGAUUUGAAAGCAAACGAUGGGUGGAUUUCUAACCAGAAUCUCAAUCGGUGGAAUGGGCUACACCAUGGUCGAGGACGGCAGAGAAUUUCGCAAACGCAACCGGAGAACAAGGGUAUCCCGGAGGAAAAUUCUUCGAUCCAUUGGGAUUUGCAGGAACUCUUAAAGAUGGGGUUUACAUUGCAGACACGGAGAAAUUGGAGAGAUUGAAGUUGGCAGAAAUCAAGCAUGCUAGGAUCGCCAUGUUAGCAAUGCUCAUCUUCUACUUUGAAGCUGGACAGGGGAAACCAUUGGGUGCUCUUGGAUUGUAAAAACAAAAAAAAAUGUUGAUGUGAAGAUAAAAUUGUUCAUAAUUUCACUAAGAAAAAAAAGGGAUUGAACAUGUGUUGAUGAUUUUGAGAUAGAUUUUGAAAGGGGUUUUGUUGGAGCCCUAAAAUCAGAACUUCAAAAUUGAGUGUGUGCCAUUUCCAAAGUCUACACUUUGCGUUGUUUCAAUUCUUAGUUUAUUGAAUCGCUUAAAGUCGAUGGUGUUCAUUAGGGGCUGGCAAUUGAUAACCUUGUUCAUGUUACAAGUCUGUAAGAGGACGUUUGGAACGUGAAGUAAAUUAUUAUAACAUAUUGUUAUUAUAA